UUUGCUGUUUCUCAUUGGCUGCUGUCUUGUUUGCCCCCAGAUUCCCACGGUGAAGUGGCAGGAUGUGGGAGGUCUACAAGAGGUCAAGCGUGAAAUUCUGGACACAGUGCAACUCCCCCUGGAGCAUCCUGAGCUGCUGACUCUCGGCCUGCGCAGGACCGGGCUCCUCCUGUACGGACCCCCUGGGACAGGCAAAACCAUGCUGGCUAAAGCUGUCGCUACUGAGUGCGCAAUGACCUUCCUGAGUGUGAAAGGUCCCGAACUGAUCAACAUGUACGUGGGACAGAGUGAGGAAAACGUGCGGGAAGGUAGGAGAGAGGGAAAGAGAGAGGGGGAAGGGGCCUCAUG